GGGAGGCAAAUGUCGGAGGAGCUGCCAUCUUUGACGAGGGCUUGCCAGACACUGGAGUGACGUGACCACGCUCCUCGGCGCCCCGACGUGCGCGCUCCGGCAUUACCCGGUGGACGGGGACCGCGCCUGCAUCUCCGUGACUGGCUGAUCCCAAGAUGGCGGCCUGCGGACGUGUCCGGCUGUGCUGGCUGCUGCUGCUGAGCGUUGGCUUGGCUCUACUCUGGGGCCCGGAGGUCAGGGCCCAGGCUGCGGCGCAGGAGGUGGCUGCGGCCGGGGCGGUGGUGGCUCAGCCUGGGGCCUCGCAGCCCCGGAGACUCCCCGGCAUCAGGUUGAUCGAGGAGGAGGCCUGCCGGGAGGACAUCACCCGCAUCUGCCCCAAGAACUCCUGGAAUAACAACCUGGCCGUGCUGGAGUGCCUGCAGGACGUGCGGGAGGCGGACAAUGAGAUUUCUUCAGACUGUAACCAUCUGCUCUGGAACUUCAAGUACAACCUGACGAAGGACAUUAAGUUUGAGUCUGUGGCCAAGGAGAUCUGCAAAUCUACGCUGUCUGCGCUGAAGGAAUGCGCAGAAGAGACCCCUGGGAAGGGUUACGUGGUCUCGUGUCUGGUGGAUCACCGGGGUAAUAUCACAGAAUACCAGUGCCACCAGUACAUCACCAAGAUGACUGCUAUAAUCUACAGUGAUUACCGGCUGAUCUGUGGCUUUAUAGAGGACUGCAAGGCGGAGAUCAACACUCUGAAAUGUGGCAGCAUCCGGCCGGGAGAAAAGGACCCUCACUCUCAGGGGGAGGUGGUCUCCUGCUUGGAGAAAGCCAUUGUAAAGGAGGCGGAGGAGGCCGACUCGCAGACACACUUCUCAGAUAAGUGUAAACAGGCCAUCCUGCGGGUGGCUGAGCUCUCGUCUGAUGACUUCCAUCUGGACAGACACCUCUACUUCGCAUGCCGAGACGACCGCGAACGGUUCUGUGAGACUGUCCAGGCUGGAGAAGGAAGAGUCUACAAGUGUCUGUUCAACCAUAAGUUUGAGGAAUCCAUGAGUGAGCGGUGCCGCGACGCUCUCACUACACGUCAGAAGCUGAUAGCGCAGGAUUACAAAGUCAGUUACUCCUUGGCGAAGUCCUGCAAGGCUGACCUGAAGAAGUACCGCUGCAACGUGGAGAAUCACCCUCGCUCCCGGGAGGCCCGGCUCUCCUAUCUGCUCCUGUGCCUGGAGUCUGCUGUGCACAGAGGCCGCCAGGUGAGCAGUGAGUGUCAGGGAGAGAUGCUGGACUACAGGCGCAUGCUGAUGGAGGAUUUCUCUCUGAGCCCUGAGAUUAUCCUGAGCUGCCGGGGGGAGAUAGAGCAUCACUGCUCGGGGCUGCACCGGAAGGGACGGACUCUGCAUUGCCUGAUGAAGGUGGUGCGCGGGGAGAAGGGGAACGUAGCGGAGAAGUGUCAGCAGGCGUUACAGACACUGGUGCAAGAGACGGACCCCGCAGCGGAUUACCGCAUAGACCGGGCCCUCAAUGAGGCCUGUGAAUCUGUCAUCCAGACUGCCUGCAAGCACAUCCGCUCUGGGGAUCCAAUGAUCCUGUCGUGUCUCAUGGAGCACUUGUAUACUGAGAAGAUGGUGGAGGAGUGUGAGCAUCGGCUGCUGGAACUGCAGUACUUCAUCUCUCGGGACUGGAAACUGGAUCCCGUCCUAUACCGGAAAUGUCAGGGUGAUGCUUCCCGGCUCUGCUAUGCACAUGGCUGGAACGAGACCAGUGAGACUAUGCCGGCUGGAGCCAUUUUCUCCUGUCUGUACCGACAUGCUUACCGCACAGAGGAACAGGGGCGGCGGCUCUCUCGAGAGUGUCGUGCUGAAGUUCAGCGCAUUCUCCACCAGAGGGCGCUGGACGUAAAGCUGGAUCCUGCCAUGCAGGCAAAGUGUAUGACCGAGCUGGGGAAAUGGUGCAACGAGAAGACGGAGACUGGACAGGAGCUGGAGUGUCUGCAGGAUCAUCUGGAAGAACUGGUUGUUGAAUGCAGGGAGAUCGUGGGUAAUUUGACGGAGCUGGAAUCGGAGGACAUUCAGAUAGAAGCUCUUCUGAUGAGGGCGUGUGAGCCCAUGAUCCAGGGAUAUUGCCAUGAGGUGGCCGACAACCAGAUAGACUCCGGAGAUCUCAUGGAAUGCUUAAUCCAGAACAAGCAUCAAAAGGAGAUGAAUGAGAAAUGCGCAGUGGGCGUCACCCACUUCCAGCUGGUCCAAAUGAAAGAUUUCCGUUUCUCCUACAAGUUUAAGAUGGCCUGCAAGGAGGACGUCCUGAAGCUGUGCCCCAACAUCAAGCAGAAGGUUGAUGUUGUCAUCUGUCUCAGUACCACUGUCCGCAACGACACCCUGCAGGAUCUGAAGGAGCAGAGAGUGUCUCUGAAGUGCCGCAGACAGCUCAGGGUGGAGGAGCUGGAAAUGUCAGAGGAUAUCCGCUUGGAGCCAAAGCUGUAUGAUGCCUGCAAGAACGACAUAACGUCCAACUGCCCGAACGUACCCUUUGGAAAUGCCCAGAUCAUUGAGUGUCUGAAAGAGAACAAGAAGCAGCUGAGCCCCUCCUGCCACCAGAAGGUGUUCAAGCUCCAGGAGACGGAGAUGAUGGAUCCAGAGCUGGAUUACACACUGAUGAGGGUCUGCAAGCAAAUGAUCAAGAGAUUCUGCAGCGACACUGACCCCAAGAACAUCCUGCAGUGCCUGAAGCAGAACAAGAACACAGAGACCAUGGAUCCAAAAUGCAAACAGAUGAUCACCAAGCGUCAGAUCACACAGAACACAGAUUACCGGCUGAAUCCUAUACUCCGAAAGUCCUGCAAGGCCGAUAUCCCCAAAUUCUGCCAGAACAUUCUAAAUACUGCCAAAGAUGAUACUGAACUGGAGGGAAAAGUGAUUUCCUGUCUGAAGCUGAAAUAUGCAGACCAGCGGCUGUCUCCAGACUGCGAGGAUCAGAUCCGGGUCAUAAUUCAGGAGACUGCUCUGGACUACCGACUGGAUCCACAGCUGCAGCUUCAGUGCUCCGAUGAGAUUAACACUCUGUGUGGGGAAGAGGCUGCUGCUCAGGAACCUACCGGUCAGGUUGAGGAGUGUUUGAAGAUGAGCCUGCUUAAAAUCAAGUCUCCUGGUUGCAAAAAGGAAGUGCUAAACAUGCUGAAAGAGAGUAAAGCGGAUAUAUUUGUGGAUCCUGUCCUGCACACGGCCUGCGCACUGGACUUAAAACAUCACUGUGCCGCUAUUCCACCGGGCAAAGGGCGCCAGAUGUCUUGUCUCAUCGAAGCCUUACAGGAUAAGAUGGUGCGGCUGCAGCCGGAGUGUAAGAAGAGACUGCAGGACCGGCUGGACAUGUGGAGUUAUGCAGCCAAGGUGGCCCCAGCUGAUGGCUUUUCCGAUUUGGCAGCGCAAGUAAUGACCUCUCCAUCCAAGAACUACAUCCUGUCUGUCAUCAUGGUUGGAGUGUGCGUCCUUUUCUUCGGGGGCCUCCUGUGCGGGCGCAUCACCAAGAGGGUGACACGAGAGAUGAAGGACAGGUAGAGCAGAGGACCCCUCCUAUACCCCUCAGCAAGAGUUUUGAGAAGCAGGGGGUUCUGGGGAGGGAGGGCAGGCCUGUCCAUGUUGUACAGCUCUCUCCCAUGCAGCCCUAUCCCAUCUUCCUCCUCUUCCCCACUCCUUCCAGUGCUGUGGAACCUGGAGGGGUCAAUGGAAGCAACUGCGGUGACUCCUCCACCAAAAUUUCCCCUGUUCUACGCAUCCCAUCUCCCCUGCUUCAGCCAUCCAUCUAGCCCCAUCCUGACUCCUAGAACAUGGUUACUGUAACCAGAGACUUCAGGCCUUCUGUUGCUGCACAGCCCCCUUCUCUCCUAGUGCUGUUACUUUUGUGGACUUUUCUUUUGUUGUUUUGGGUGGGGGGGAGGGAGGGAGAGAGGGAUCUGGGUUUAUUUUACAAUAUGCCUCCUGGAGUUGGAAGCUGUGCCUCAGCCUUGUAACAUUGACACCCCCCACCAUGAGAUCUGGAGGAUGAGCUCUUUCAGACGCUGUCUGAGCCCGGAGGUCUGCAAAGAGGGAUAUCUGCCAACCGCUUGGAUCGUGCGCUGCCAAAACCCUGAACACUCAACUGCUCUCAGACCCACAAAGCUGGGCAGAAGCGUCUCAGCGGACGUGGAAAGUUUUUAAUGGUGCGACCCAACUUCUCAUCGGUUCCACAGAUAGUAUUAAUGUUCCACCGUGGAGAAUGCGGCCAUUUGGGUGGAUGGUCUUCCACGCUGGUAAAGGAAAACCACAAUCCUGUCCACCAGAACCAUACAUCUGCUUUUUAACAUGAAAUGGGUUGUACCCUGGAAGCUGCUCACCUUGCUUUGUCUUAAAAUGAAUUGUUUUAUCCUGCACUCACAUACAUUGUGCAAUGUCUGUUAUUUAUCUGUUCUGCUUUACGUUGUGGUGCAGGCCGUCUGAUCGCUUGAGCUUUUCUGUACAGAGACUGACAAGUAACUGAAUUCGCCCAGCUGUCUGUUUAGCGGUUAGCUGCUCAGGCGUCUGGGGGUUACGCUCUUGGACGGACAAGGCCAUGGCUGCCCCUUCGUCGCGAAGUGAACCCAUUUGGCGGCGAUGGGUGGUCCUGUGGCCGGAAAGUAAAUGGUUUGCGCUAGAUAUUUCCAUUUUGCACUACUGAACUGAACAGCUGAUUCUCACUACUGGAUGCUGAGCAAUAUUACUUGCAACGAAAAGGAGUGUCUUACCUGGCCAUGUUUUGUGUCCCUUCUCCGCCCAGACGGAACCAGUUGUACUCUAUUCUGCAACCCAACACUUCUACUGAUCCGGUAAAAAAUGUGAAUGUCAGACGUGGCUCCCAGGUCCCUAGAUGUGUAGCUGUGGAGUGGGAAUGUAGUCUCUGCAUUUAUAUAGUGCGUGGAUUGUUAAUUUCCUACGAUGACAAGCAGAGAAGUAGUCACCCUUUGUCUUCCAAAAUAGUCCUUUGUCCCUCUGCAUUACUUUCACAGAGGGUCUUCACAGCUCCGGACUGUCUGGAGCUACAUCACAGAUUUCCCCGGAACAUUCUGUAAAUGUCCAGUGCAGGUAUUUCUCCCAGUGUUAAAGGCCUACACCUAGAUGGGAGGUAAUCUUAGCCUGGUCACAUGAGGGUUGCAGUAGACAGUCCCAGCUAUACGCGUCUGUGGCUUACCUGCCUGCUAUUGAUGGUUGAUCCUGCUGGCAUUUGGCAAUGAAGUCUCUCCAUCUCUGGCAGACUGCGAUGAUUGAUUGUAAGCCCCCAUGGUGUAAUGUAAUCACUUCCGCUGUCAUUGUGUAAGAGUUCUCUGGCAACGCCCUUUAGCUCAGUGCAUUGUGGGACUACCAGUGGAAAGUAAUGCGCGCUGUCGCUUCAUUUCUGAUUACUCCCAAAUACGGUCGUUUUAAUAAACCCUUUACACAAUGUUUUGUUUUUUUUCUUUGUCAGCUACAAGAAAUUAUUAGGAUAACGACAUCACUGCACUCAAGACUACAACACUCACUGCACUCCUACCCUUCCCCUCCUAACCUCUCCAGCCAGGACUGCAGCCACAGGCCACAUGUAACCCCAUUAUCUGUUACACCUUCAGUCCCGCGCAAUACACACUGGAGCUAAGCCCAUCCGCACACAGGGAAAGAGACUACGAUUCCAUCGCAAUGUUUUCCCCAUCACAUCCAUUCAUUGAGUACACUUCUUAUUUUUUUUUUCUUUUUGUACAUUUUCUUCUGUGUAUAGAUCAAGUCAUUCUGUUCAAGCUGUGUCCUAAUGAGAUGUUACCGAUGUUAAAGGCAUAAUGUGCUUUUUUUUUUUUUUUCUGUACAGAAAAAUGGGAAGAUUUAAUAAAAAAACAAAUGCCACCUAA